GGCGCGGGUCACGUGGGAGCGCGGCCCGCGGCAGCUGCGGCGGCUGUGACGGGGGCGGAGUUCACGCGGGUCUGGUGGGAGCGGCUCGGAGAUUGCGCCACCUGUGCAGGCUGCCAUGGCUGCCGUUGACAGCUUCUACCUCUUGUAUAGGGAAAUCGCCAGGUCGUGUAAUUGCUAUGUGGAAGCUCUAGCCUUGGUGGGAGCCUGGUAUACAGCCAGAAAAAGCAUCACCGUCAUCUGUGACUUUUACAGCCUGAUCAGGCUGCACUUUGUCCCUCGCCUGGUGAGCAGAGCAGAUCUGAUCAAGCAAUAUGGAAGAUGGGCAGUCGUGAGUGGUGCAACAGAUGGGAUUGGAAGAGCCUACGCAGAAGAGUUAGCAAGCCGUGGCCUCAAUAUUAUCCUGAUUAGUCGGAACCAAGAGAAGUUGCAGAUGGUUGCUAAAGACAUCGCUGAUACCUACAAAGUGGAGACCGAUAUUAUAGUGGCAGAUUUCAGCAACGGCCGUGAGAUCUACGACCCGAUUCGAGAAGCCUUGAAAGACAAAGACAUUGGCAUCUUGGUAAAUAAUGUGGGCGUGUUUUAUCCCUACCCUCAGUAUUUUACUCAGGUCUCCGAGGACAAACUCUGGGACAUCAUAAAUGUAAACAUUGCUGCGGCUAGUUUGAUGGUCCACAUAGUGUUACCAGGGAUGGUGGAGAGAAAGAAAGGCGCUGUUGUCACUAUCUCUUCUGGCUCCUGCUGCAAACCAACUCCCCAGCUGGCUGCCUUUUCUGCUUCAAAGGCUUAUUUAGACCACUUCAGCAGAGCAUUACAGUAUGAAUAUGCUUCUAAAGGAAUCUUUGUGCAGAGUCUAAUCCCAUUCUGCGUGGCUACCCACAUGACUGCCCCUGGCAGUUUUCUGCACAAGUGCCCGUGGUUGGUGCCUUCACCAAAAGUAUACGCACAUCAUGCCGUUUCUACCCUUGGCAUUUCGAAAAGGACCACGGGAUAUUGGUCCCAUUCUAUCCAGUUUCUUUUUGCACAGUACAUGCCUGAAUGGCUCUGGGUGUGGGGAGCAAAUAUUCUCAAUCGUUCUUUACGUAAGGAGGCCUUAUCCUGCAAACCCUGAAACUGGAUGAUGGCUUGGGACGCUUUGCCAAGUCAUGGGAACCUGCAGUAUUCUGACAUUUGGAAGAACACAUUUAAUUUAUCUUCUGUAUUUUCUUUUGUUACUGAUGACUUAGCAUAUUGUUGGCUCAUCAUUUGCAAAGCAAACAUAAUACUUGUAGAGAAUGUUGUGGAAACACUCAAGGGCCAAAUGAAUGGCACAGAGUAAAUAAUGACUGAGGUAUAAGAACUGAUUGAGGAAACUUAAAUUUCAAUGCUUUUUUCCCCUAAAUUGUUCAAAAGUUGUGUGGUUUAUGUUGUUCUAGGAGUUACAGCAAUCUGGUACUGAAAUAUAACAUGAGUUGUGACCUCUUAAAAUUUCAGAGGGUUUUUUUAAGGAAAAUUAUGUCAGUAUGUGAAUUAUAGUAUCGGUUUUCAAAUGUUCAUCAGGAAAGACUAUUUAAAAGUGUUAUUUUAUAAGAUGGCUGGUAUGAUCAGCAGUAGAAAUCUGUGUGUGUUAAUAUUGUGUAGCUCUAGUUGUCUAUCUGUAUAUGAAAAUGCUGCUUUUCAACUGAUAUUUCAUUAGAGAACCAUGUUUAUGGAUGUGUGUAUCUGGGUAACUUUAUGGGUAAGUUACUAAAAAUUUUUUUUUUUUUGUUGAGCUGGUUUAAUGUGGAACCUUACAGGGUAUUAAAGUUCUAGAUUAUUUCUCUUUAUACUAAACAAUCUUACCCAAUUUUGUGCUGUUGGCUUGCCAAGUAUAAUAUUACUUACACCAUCUGUUUUUUUAACCUACCAUGGAAUUAAUUCAUUCCUAGAUUUGGAUGUGUAAUGACUGACUAUCAGUAAUCUGUUGAUUUAUAAUUAUUGUGGAUAAGUAGUGAUUUCUUAGCCUAUGACCCAUUUUAUAACUAAAAUUUAGCCCUAUAGAGCUUGUUAUAUCUGGUUUUCAUACACUUUUCUAUGUAAUAUUAUUUAAUUUCAGUAGCAUUAUUGGUGUAAACAUCAAGUAUUUAUGAAAUUAGUAGUUAAAAUAUGGACAAAUGUGUGUGAUAUGUAUUGUAUCUGUUGAAAUAAGUUAGCUCAUUCUUGGUUCCUGUAAUUACUUUAUGCAUUAUAGUGAAUAGUUUUAUUGGUGUGAAGAUAAUUAUGCAUAGCCCCCCACAGUAUGGGUUAGCAUUGAAAGCUACUGUGAAAUGUUUUUGGUUCAGGUCCUAUAAAGCCAAACAUUUUGAGGACCACAUACGUAGUGCUUGACAGUUGUAAAUCACUGUAUGGAUAUGACAGUGUGUGCAAAGUAAAAUUUUGGAGUUUAAUAUUGGGACACUGAUGCAGAAGCUAGUAAAUUUUUGAAAUCAGGACUUUUAUGGAAUUGUUUCUUGAGAUGAUGUUCCAUUAUGAGUAGGUCUAAGCAUGCUUUCAUGUUAUACUCACAGUUUUGCCAGUGACAUUGCUUCAGUAUCUUCAGAUGUGACUUGGACUUAGUUCAAAAGCUCUUCCACUUAUAGAUCAUGCCUUCAUCACAUAAGAGGAAGACAUUCAGAUGUGAAAACAUACACACUAAUGGCACUACAUAACUAAAGGUAUUGAUGGAGUUAGUUUAGAGCCUUUAUUUGGUUACAUUUGACAUUUUCCCUCACCCAACAAUUAUGGUCAUUAAGACUAGAAAAAAUUUGAUGUCCUGCCGCAUUGACCUGAACUUUGACAUGUAAUAAGCAGCAGCAAUGUAAUGUAAAAAGUACCAUAUUUAUACCUGUGUUAUGUGGUACAGCAACGUCUUAUAUUUGUAGAUUAGGUAUUGAAUCAUUGUUACAUGAUGAGAAUAAAUAAACCAUGUCAGUGAUGUUUUAAAAAUUCUUUGCUUGGCAGGACGUAUGUAAAUAAGCUUAUUGGUGCAAAGUUAGUGAAAGAUCAAAACCAAGAAUCUUCCUUAGGUUUUAUGUUUCAUAAAACAUUUUUUCCCAUAGCUCAUUUUAGAGUAAUAAUUGGACCACUGUAGAUGGGGUUUCUUUUUUUUUCUUCUUUUUUAAAAAAAAUAUUUUUAUUUAUUUCAGAGAGGAAGGGAGAGGGAGAGAUAAAAACAUCAAUGAUGAGAGAGAAUCAUUGAUCAGCUGCCUCCUGCACCCCACACUGGGGGUUGAGCUCACCACCCAGGCAUGUGUCCCGACCAGGAAUUGAAUCAUGACCUCCUGGUUCCUAGGUCAGCACUCUACCACUGAGCCAUACUGGCCGGACCUAGAUGGAUUUUCUUACUAAGAAUGGGGGAAAUAACCUUUGAAACAAUCUGUGAGCUGAAAAUUUAACAAUGAAAGUGGUUGCUUCUUCCUUUGGAAGAGGUUUUACUCCAUAUAUUUGUGAAUGAAUUGUCUGGAAUGAGGGAUACAUUUUUUCCCCAUAGAAACAAUUACUUAAAAAUUGUAAAAACUUAAUUUAUGAACUUAAUUUAUGGAUGCAAUUCAAUAAGAGCAGGUAAUUAGGCAAGGAAAUUGUACAUAUGCAUGUCUUUUGAAAAUAUUAGGUUGGUUUCUUCAUCUCAUUCUUCUGAUAAGGUGAGAUGAAGGUUGGUUUUAAUCACUGACUUUGGCAACAUGGAGAUCGAUUGGUGGGGAUGAAAGGGAGAUUGUAGUGAGUUCAAGAAAGAGUGGGAGGACAGGAAGACAGCAAGGAGAGACAGCUCUAUUGAGGAGUGUUUUUGUUUUGUUUUAACCUCAAGUUACUUAAAAUCUUGUCACAUUUGGGAACCAGAGGGUUUAGGUGGUGUCCUCUGUCUUUGACAUUGCGUGCCCUCCGAAACAAAGACCAGUCUCACCGUGUGUCUGUCUCAGUAUUGGCUGUUAUUCUUUAAAAUAACAUUUAGUUUAAAUAAAGAUUUACCUUCCACGGAA